GUCAAGUCAUUCUUCAAAGUAAACCUGAAGAUGUCAGAGGAGGAAAUUCACUAUGCUUCAGUGGUGUUCAAAAGUAAGAAACCACAACAAACAAAACCUGCAAAGGAGGAAGAAACUAUUUAUGAUGAAGUAAAGUUGCAAAACGAUCCAACUCAGCAGACUUCUGGCUCAAAAGCAGGAAUUUUAUCAGAGAAGGAAGCUGGAAGAAAACAUGGCUGCUGUCAGAUGCUGACUUGUUUUUUGGUGACUUUCAGCAUCAUUUUGGUAUUGGGAAUCAUAGCAACUGUUUACUUUUUUUCUUUUCAUGACAUGAAGAUAAACCAGCUAAGAGCAAACAAGGCAGAAAACAAGAACUUAACGGCCCUCAACAACAAACUCAGAUCAGAAAACCAAAACUUAACGUACCAGAAUGAAAACCUGACCCACGUCUACAAUGACUUAGAAACCAGAAUCAGAAAUCUGACCGUGGAACAAGAACAGCUAAAAAAUAAAACCCAGGAUCUGAAGAGACAAACCGAUGAGCUGGAAGGACGGCAGAACGACCUGAAGGAACAAAUAGAAAACCUGAAGAAAACUCAGAAUGAGCUUAAUGUCAGCAGAGCUCAGUGGAGCAUUGAUGAAUACUGUCCUAAAGCAACAAAGGGGAGAAAAUGUAAGCCUUGUCAAAAAGGCUGGAGUACCUUCACAACCAGCUGCUAUGCAUAUAAUAACGCAAAGGUUGAAAAUCAGAGAAACUGGAAUGGAGCACGAGAAGGCUGUAGAGAAAAGGGUUCAGAUCUGACUGCUGCAGCAAAUGAAGAGGAAAAGGGUUAUAUCAAUGGGAUCAGUCCUAAAGAAGAGGGGAUUAAAGGAUACUGGAUUGGCCUGAGAGCUGAUCAAGGAAAAUGGAAAUGGAUUGAUGGAACUGAACUAAGCAAUCAGGACUGGAUAGAAGGGAAAGCAACUGAUGGUCAGUGUGUGACUGCUCUCCAAGACGAACAAUGGAGAUCAGUUAGCUGUAAGGAGAAGAAUGCCUGGAUCUGUGAAAAGAAGGCUUUAAAGGAAACUGCAGAAUCGGACUAUCCUCAAGUAGCAGCAGGUGCUGAGAUGAAGAUGAGAGCUACCCCAGUUCACAGUAAUCUAAUGAGAGAACUUCAUCAAGUGAAAAAACAAAAUCAUGAGUUUGAGGGAGAGAAAGAAACCCUGAAGGAACAAAUAGAAAAGCUGAAGGAAACUCAGAAUGAGCUUAAUGUCAGCAGAGCUCAGUGGAGCAUUGAUGAAUACUGUCCUAAAAGAACAAAUGGCAGAAAGUGUUUGCCAUGUCAGGAAGGCUGGAACCAAUUCCAAACCAACUGCUAUGGAUAUAAUGAUGCAGACGAAAGGGAUCGAAAAAACUGGACUGAAGCACGAGAAAACUCUACAGGAAAGGUUUCAGAUCUGACUGUUGUAGAAACCGAUGUGGAAAAGAGUAAGAUAAACAACACAUUUAGUCCUGCUAUAAAUGGCAUUGCUGGAUACUGGAUUGGCCUGAGAGCUGAUCAAGGAAAAUGGAAAUGGAUCAACGGGGCUGAACUGAUCAAUACGAGCUGGAUAAAACACAAUGCAACUGAUGGUCAGUGUGUGACUGUUCUCGAAGACAGAGAAUGGAGAUCAGUUAGCUGUGAUGAGAAGAACGCCUGGAUCUGUAAGAAGAAGGCUUUAACUGUUAAAUAGGACACA